AUGAAUGUGCUGUUACAGGGAUCAGUGACAUUCCCGGAUGUGGCUGUGGACUUCACCCCAGAGGAGUGGCAGCUGCUUGACUGUGAGCAGAGAACCUUGUAUUGGGAUGUGAUGUUGGAGAACUUUAGAAACCUCAUCUCAGUGGGGGGCCCAGUUACCAAAACAAAAGCGAUCUUCAAGGCAGAGCAAGGACAAGAGCCAUGGAUGAGGGAAGGGGCGAACCCACGUUGGCGCCAUCCAGAAGCUGAUUGCCUACUUGUUGAUGAAUCAGAGAAGCACCAGGAAAGCAAAGACAAUUUUUUAAAUUCAGUUUUGUUCACAUUCAAUAAAAUUCUGACUGUGGAGAGACUCCAUGGUUAUAACAUGAGCACAAGUCUUAAUCCUACAAGAAAAAAAUCAUAUAAAUGUAAAUCAUAUGGGAAGAGUUUGCAACCUACUUUAGAUUUACUUAAUUAUAAUAGAUGUUAUACUGAAGAAAACUCAUAUGAAUGCACUGAAUGUGGGAAAGCCUUCAAAAAGAAGUUUCAUUUCAUUAGACAUGAAAAAAAUCAUACAAGAAAAAAACCCUUUGAAUGCAAUGACUGUGGGAAAGCCUACAGCAGGAAGGCUCACCUUGCAACUCAUCAGAAAAUCCAUAAUGGAGAGAGACCCUUUGUGUGCAAUGAUUGUGGGAAAGCGUUUAUGCAUAAAGCACAACUGGUGGUCCACCAGAGACUCCACACGGGAGAGAAACCUUACGAAUGCCAUCAGUGCGGGAAGUCAUUCACUUGGAACUCCUCCUUUACCCAACAUGUGAAAUCGCAUACACUUGAGAACUCGUUUGAAUGUAAGGAAUGUGGGAAAACCUUCAGGUAUAGCUCAUCCCUUUAUAAACAUUCUAGAUUUCAUACAGGAGAGAAACCCUACCGAUGUAUUGUAUGUGGCAAAGCUUUCGGUAACACGUCUGUGCUUGUUACGCAUCAAAGAAUUCAUACAGGAGAGAAACCAUAUGGGUGUAUCGAAUGUGGCAAAGCCUUCAUCAAGAAGUCACAUCUGCUUAGACAUCAGAUAACUCAUACAGGAGAGAAGCCCUAUGAAUGUAAUAGAUGUGGGAAAGCAUUUUCCCAGAAGUCAAAUCUUAUCGUACAUCAGAAAAUUCAUACAUAAUAUUCAUGUUGAAUAUGACAAAGCC